UGGGUGAACUAACCCUUUAAUUACUUACUUACUUUCCUAAUAGCGAGUGUGUGAAUUUGCAUGUUUGUGUAAGUAGGGUAUCAUCUGACACUUGUGUUACAUCCGUUUCCUCACUUAAAAACACCACACGUCUUUAAAACUCACACCCACAAACAGAAUUUUGUACAUAUGUGUAUCAGUACUUGAAGUAAAGAUAUUAAAAUUAACGUAAAACAGUCAAGAUCCAAAUUAUUUCAGUUGAUCUCUAAUUAUAUGGUGAAAUGAGUUUUAGUUGCCAUGUAGAUCUACAGUAUUAACUUCAGUAUGAAGUUACAGGCUUUGUCCAUGUUAAUUGAGUAAAUGGAAAAUGUCAUGUACAUGCAUCUAAACACAGGACAUUAAUGCACAAGUAAAAAUUCUUUUUACUAAGAAAAGAAAACAAAAAACUUUUGUCUAUAGUCAGUAAAGAGUUUUUUUAGCCCCCCAAUUGGAUAUCACAUGAUCUUGACCAAAGUGGUUGUAUCUGUGAGAAGCAAAAGCAGAAGUUCAGAGCAAUGCAAACCACUCGAAGAAACAACUUCUAACAACUUCUAAUAAUCUCACUUCUAACUCCAGCAGACUGAAUAUGUCUUAUGGCAAUAUGAACAUUCCCAGGAAAGAUGACAUGGACAGAGAAGAUGAAGAAGAGAUGACUAUCUAUGCUAAUGUGGAUCCUAUAAACGAUUCUGAUGUCAGGACAGAAACUGAGAACUCCCAAACACCUCAACACACAGGAAGUGGUAUUGUGAGGAACAGAAGCCCCAGAGCUGCUCUCGUGUGUGUGGUUCUGCUGUGUGUGUUUCUGCUGACUGCGGUCAUAGUGCUGUGUGUCCACAUCAAGACAAAGAGCACUAACUACACUGAAGAGACACACCAGCUACUAACCAAGAUCAACAACCUCACAGAAGAGACACACCAGCUACUAACCAAGAUCAACAACCUCACAGAAGAGACACACAAGCAAGAAACCAAGAUCAACAACCUCACAGAAGAGACACACAAGCAACAAACCAAGAUCAACAACCUCACAGAAGAGACACACAAGCAACAAACCAAGAUCAACAAACUCACAGAAGAGAGAGAUGAGCUACUUACCAGGAACAUGCAAUUGACAAAAGAGAGAGAUGGAUUAUCAUCAAGUAACCGUGACCUGAUUAGAGACAGAAACCAGUUAAAAAAGGAGAAAAAUGACCUGUCAGAAUCUCUUCGUGUAAAGGAUGGAUGGUUAUACCAUAAAUCCAGUCUUUACUUCCUUUCCACUGAGAAGAGGAGCUGGACUGAGAGCAGAAGAUACUGUACAGAGAGAGGAGCCGAUCUGAUCAUCAUAAACAACAGAGAAGAACAAGGGUUUGUUCAGAAAAAAUAUCCUAAUGAUAAAGUCUGGAUUGGUGUGACUGACAGUGAUGUGGAGGGCACGUGGAAAUGGGUUGAUGGAAGCAGACUGAACUCUGGGUUCUGGGCGUCUGGAGAGCCAAAUAGUCAAAAUGGAAUUGAUGAAGAUUGUGCUGUAAAUUAUGAUACAGUAUUUGCUGAUCAUCCAUGUAAUGAUGCUUUUAAAUGGAUCUGUGAGAAGGUCAUUUUAAAAUAAGUCAAUUCAUGAACUGGUUUAGGUAAAAAAAUACAUCACGGUGUUUCCUAGUUCAA